AUGGCGUUUGUGAAGCAUGUACGCUGUGUCCUGCUCAGAGGACGAACAGAUCAGGUCACAAUUGCGUUGAAAAACAUACAUUUCCAGAGAUUACAAGGUUUUACUUCCCUACAGCGAAGUAAUAGCCAGCUGUUUCAAGACAUCAGACUGCUAGCCUGGGCUGUACCAAAUGUAAAUUCGCUUUCUUCGGUGAACUUUUACAGUCGGGUAGCCGGAAAAUUCAACUCCCGUGGCCAGAAUACUCCAACAGAAAAAAGCGACACACAGGUUCCUUCGUGUGCAAAUGAAUUCAACCCUGCAUUAGUUGAGGAACUUCUCAACAAGAUGGAAGGGGACCUGCCCGUCGCUUCCUCGCCAGACCCCUUUGAAAAGGACUACCAUCGCUGCUUCAUUUGCAGAUACAAUAUCGAGGUUGACCACAAAAACAUAAGGUUGCUGAGUCAGUUUGUUUCUCCCUUCACUGGGCGUAUUUACGGCCGCCAGAUAACAGGUCUAUGCAUACCUAUGCAGAAUCGUGUUUCUCAGCUUAUCAAACGUGCUAGGCUCAGUGGAUUUAUGCCAUUUAUUUUGAAAGACCCUAAAUAUCUGCAAGAUCCUCAACCUUAUGAUGCUAUGUCAAAAUUUAAACAUUAG